AUGGUACAGGCCAACACUCUUUUUAAUUUUAACCAAGCUGGUUAUGGAAAUGCCACUAUGAAAAGUAUGUUAAUAAAAUUUCUGCUAACUAUUAACGUUUUUCACUUUCGUUUGGGCUAUUCAUUUCCUCAAGUGCAAAUUAGCGAUGGAGUUCUCUAUGGCUCGACACACACAACUAGAAAUGGAAAAACUAUAUCAAGUUUUUUAUCAAUUCCUUAUGCUCAACCUCCCGUAGGAAAUUUGAGAUUUAAUAAUCCCAUUCCUUGCGAACCGUGGACGGGUAUACGAAUGGCAGAUACAGAUGCUGAUCAAUGUCCUCAACACGACGGAAUGAGUGUCGUUGGGAAAGAGGAUUGUCUGUAUUUGAACGUUUAUACACCAAACCAAAAUUUGGCUUCGACACAGGACCUGUUACCAGUGAUGGUGUGGAUUCAUGGUGGAGCCUUCAAUUCUGGUAACAGCAGUUCGACUGGAUAUGGGCCAGAUUAUCUUUUAGAUAAAGAUGUAAUUUUCGUAUCUUUGAACUACCGAUUAGGGAUUCUUGGAUUCCUUAGUACUGGAGAUUUGGAAGCUCCAGGAAAUUUUGGAUUGAAGGAUCAGGUUUUGGCACUAAAAUGGGUUCAGAAAAAUAUUCGCGCUUUUGGUGGAAAUCCGGAAAGAGUCACAAUUUUUGGUCAAAGUUCAGGCGCCAUCAGCGUUGGUCUUCAUUUACUUUCGGACGCUAGUAAUGGCCUUUUUCAUCAGUCCAUAAUUCAGAGUGGAAGUGUACUGGUACCUUGGGGUUAUCAGAAUCGCAGUCAGUAUGAAUCACACAUAAAGGACCUUGCAUUUAUUCAUCUUUGUCCAAAUUUUAGUUCCAAAUUGAUCGUUGAUUGUCUGAGAACUAAAAGCAUUUAUGAAUUACUAGACUUCCGAUCCAUAAUUGUUGAGAACACUAAAAGAAUUGAUUUGCCAUUCAUCACUGGUAAUGUUGGAAAUGAAGCUGAGAUUAUGACAGAAGCUUUGCACUCAACACAAUUUUUGUACAACUUUGUGGAAGCCAGUGUAACGCAUCUUAUGGAUUAUUUUAUUGGGUAUUAUUUAAAACCCCAUAAUGUAACACAACUAAGAGAAGCAAUGAUAAAUUAUUAUUUCGAAGGAUUAGGUAUCAAUAAUAUUCAUAGCGAAAAGAUGGGUGAAACAGUCGAAGAAGCUUAUGAUAAUUCAAGCUACAUUUUAGGGUCAAUACUAAAGUUUUUUAGUACCCAUUCUCUUAAUUUUCGUACACUGACAGAAUUAUUUCAGGAAAUCAAGGAUCAAAAUUUGAAAGUAGAGAAAAGGGCUUCUGCUCAUAAAGCAAAGUUUAUUGAUGGACUCACGAGACUCGUAAAUGACGUUUUCUUCUUUUAUCCACAAGUAAAAUUUCUUGAGAAUAGAGCAAAGAUGGCUAAGAGCCCAUUUUAUUUUUACAUUUUCGACUAUCAAGGGGAAGUUGUCUCAGUUCAAAAUAAUGGAAUUAUGAACUUCACGGGUCACAAUGAGGAUCUCUUUUAUUUAUUCCCUCUCAAAUUUGAACGAAUGAAAGCUAUCGGAGCAGAUGAAUAUGUCGUUGAUGUAAUCCUGGACAUGUGGACAUCCUUUGCAAAAAAUGGAACACCAACGUCCAACUAUUUACGUUAUCCUAAGCUAUGGACGACAUACCUAGAAAACAAAAUUUACCUAAGUAUUGAAGAUAUAAAAUUACGAGCAUACUUGAAUAGUGGCCGUGAGCGUUGGAAAAAACAACAGUCACCUCUGACUGCUUUCUUAGAGCUGUCAUUUGCCACUCAACAGAUUUCUAGUCAAACUGCCUUCUAA